ACAUAUAGUGCGCGUCGUUUCAUUAGGAAAUUCACCCAGCAGACGCCACGUCUCCAGCUCAUAAAUUAAAAUAUUAUUCACUGAAAAGCUUUUAAUGGACGAAUCUUAUCCGUCAAAUUUGACACAUGUAAUAUCAAGAUUGCAGAUUGCAGAGAUAAAGAUGUCCUGGGUAGCUUGUUAUGGGGGCACGUGUGAUUAAUUCGUUGCGUGUUUGAGUCGGUUGCGUACAUUUUGGGCGGCUUUAAGUAUCCCAGCUAGCUUGUGUUAGUCUUUUUAUCUUUUCUGAUGCAAAAACAGAGCUGAAUUUGGCUGAAACAGUGCAAGUAUAGUUUUUGAGUUUGAUCUUUGGAAGUAGAGAGUAAUGGAGAAGAAUCAAGUUUUGCCAGUUGAGCUUCCUGCACCUCCGUCUUGGAAGAAGCUGGCCAUGCCGAAAAAGAGUGUGAGAGCGAAGAAGAAUGAGAUUGUAUUUGUUGCUCCAACAGGUGAGGAAAUCAGGAAUCGCAGGCAGUUGGAGAAGUACCUGAAAACACACGAUGGAAGUCCUGGUAUAUCAGAAUUUGAUUGGACUACUGGUGAGGCUCCAAGGAGAUCAGCACGGAUCAGUGAGAAGGUUAAGGCAAUGCCACCUGUGGCUGUGCUUGAGCCGACAAUGAAACGACGCCGUACAGCUACAAAAAAAGAUGAGGAUGUCGCAAGUGUAGAGAAGGAAAACAUGGGCAAGAAAGACAUGGAACCUGCCAUAGAAAAUAAGGAAGGUUUGGAGGAGGAGGAGAAUGAUGUAGAAGAUGAAGUGGUUGACAAGGGGAAGGACGAACAGACAGCCAAGGAAGUAGAAACAGAGUACAUAAAAGAAUUAGAGAUGUUUGAUGGAGAGGCUCCGAAGAGGCAGAAAUAUAAGGCCUGCAAUGACCCUCAAUCUGAGGAUGGGGGCAAACUAGCGGAAAACGUCACACAGGAGACUGCUGUAGAAGUUGAAAUGGAGAACAAGGAGGACGAGAUGGGGGCUAUUAAGGGAACUGCAGACCAUAAAAAAGAAAAGGAAAUGUCUGAUAGAGAGGUUUCAGAGAGAAAAAUUGAGGCCAGCAAUGACCCUCAAUCUGAGGAUGGGGGCAAACUGACGGAAAAUGUCGCGCGCGAGACUGCUGCAGAGGUUGAAAUGGAGAACACGGAGCACGAGAUGGGGGCUAAUAAGGAAGCUGCAGACCACAAAAAAGGAGAGGAAAUGUCUGAUAGAGAGGUUUCAGAGAGGAAAAUUGAGGCCAGCAAUGAAACUCAGUCUCAGGUUGAGGAUGGAGGUGAAAUGGCUGAAAAUGGUAGAGGGGUGACGAUCGCAAUUGAUGCCAACAUCUGGAAUGAUUCGAUGGGACAGGACUAUUUCAUGGGAAUGUUUCCAGAUGCUGUAAUUGAAGAAACAAAUGUUGCUGAAGCAGGAGCAGAAGUUGGGGAGAAUCUAGUCUCUCAGACUGGUAAAGACAUCAGUGCAGAUGAUAUGAAUCGUGACAUUGCAGAUAAGGUUGCCCCAGAAAUAAAUGUUGCAGUAGGAGAGACGUACAACAUUCAGGACCCUGCAUUUACCGGAGAAACUAGUGAUUACCAUGAAGAGCAUAGAUCGCUGGAAGAGGAUAAAAAUAAGAACAGGGCUGGUCUAAUGAUGGAUAGUGGCAAGAUUAACCAACCAGAGCGGGCACAUACUCCACAACAUCAAUCCGCUGCUACCAUCAGUUGCUGAUUGUUGUAGCUUCUAUAAAAUAAAUUAGGUCUUCAUACUCCACAACAUCAAUCCGCUGCUACCAUCAGUUGCUGAUUGUAGUAGCAUCUAUGAAAUAAAUUAGGUCUUCGCCCAGUGCAUAUUUCAUCCGUUUUCACUGGGAUUCACUUGGGGGAUUGUAAUAUUAUGUUUAGUAGUUUAGGAAUUAGCUUUUUGAGAGAUCAAACUUUCCUGAUCAUUCUGUGGCGUUGCACCUGUGAUCUGUACUUUGUGAUAAUCUUGUAGUCCCCGACCAACAGUGUGUAUUUGUGGAACUCGUAUGUUAGUUGAUCGAGGUUGUAUGGACUUUAGUUGAUCGAGGUUGUAUCGACUUAUUUUUUCUUGUUUGGUGGACGUUGGCAUAAUGUACGUUGAUGGUAUAGUUGCCUAUUCUUUUUCUAUUUACAUACGAUUACUUGUACUUGGUACUGCUGAAACUCAGUAUAUAAUGGAACAGGUGUCUUGUGUAUUUGUGGAA